AUGACGUCCAUUCUUCACUCUAUCCACAACGGCGCCAGCUUCAUCAGCGCCGCCAAUGCCCCCGUCGACACCGACGGCAAUCCUCGCCCUCUUCCCUCGCUCUUGACACGCACUGUCGAUGAUAUCGAGCAGGAGGUCAAAAAUGGGCCAGCUUUCACACUCGCAGACGUGCCUGCCUAUGUAGACGCGGCAAAGAAUUUGAGCACUGUCGGACUCGACGAUCGCAAGUUCUUGCUGGAAAAGUUGCUGACCCUCAUGUCGAGACUCCCCAAGGACUCGCAGUUCUCUGCUCAUAUCCAGCAGUUUGUUAUCAACUUACUUUAUAAGGACCUACCCCACCCCCCGAGCGGUUAUCUGUCGAUUCCUCAACAUAUCCUCCCAGCUGGAAUUAACAGUGUUAAUGCGCAACCUGUAUCAUACGCCUUCCGCUCUGCAGAUGGCUCCAACUAUAAUACCCUCAUUCCAACCCUCGGUCAAGCUCGUAUGCCUUAUGCGCGGUCUGUGCCUUCCACGACGUGCCUUUCCCCCUCUGCCUUGCCGUCAGCGGAACUUGUAUUCGACACGCUCCUCAAGCGCGACAAGUUUGUGCCCCAUCCCGGAGGAAUCUCCUCCCUCUUCUUCGCCUUCGCAGAUCUUGUCAUCCACAGCAUCUUCAACACGAAUCCUCGCGACUGGACGCAAAAUGACGUCAGCAGCUACCUGGACUUGAGCCCGCUCUACGGGAGCUCUCAGGCUGACGUGGACAAGGUUCGCAGAAAGAACGGGACCGGUAGGCUCUGGGACGACGUUUUCGCAGACAGCAGAUUGCUCUUCAUGCCGCCGUCUGUGUGCGCGCUGUUGGUGAUCCUGAACCGUAACCAUAAUUAUAUCGCCGACAAGCUCUUGAGCAUCAACGAGAAUGGGACGUUCACGAAUCCCCCUCCAACCGAUGACGCGAAGCGUAUCGCUCAAGACGAGGAAAUUUUCCAGCGUGCGCGAUUGGUCAACUCGGGAUAUUUCAUGCAAAUUAUCCUCCGCGAUUAUGUGGGCGCAAUCCUCGGCCUUAUUCGUGAUGGAUCAUCAUGGAGACUCGAUCCUUUGAUGAACAUGCGUGAUCUUGACCACGAGGUUGCUCCUCGCGGUGAAGGCAACGUCGUUUCCAUCGAGUUCAACCUGUUAUAUCGCUGGCAUGCGACGGUUUCUGAGCAUGAUACCAAAUGGACUGAAGAGGAGUUCUCGAGGAUGUUCCAAGGAAAAGAUCCCGCGACCAUCACAGUGCCAGAUUUCAUCAAGGCCGCGCGCACAUAUAUGAACCCACCUGCAGACGUCAAACAGUGGACUUUUGAUGGUCUCAAGCGUGAUGAUCAUGGCCGCUUCGCCGACGCCGACAUCGCACGGAUCUUGCAAGAUGCGACGGCGGCAUCGUCGAGCGCGUUCAAAGCCCGCGGCACUCCAGAAGUUCUACGUGUCAUUGAACUAUUGAGCAUCGAACAGGCUCGAGCUUGGGGUACCUGUUCGUUGAAUGAGUUUAGGAAGUUCAUGGGUUUGAAGCCAUACGCGACCUUUGAGGAGUGGAAUCCCAACAAGGAGAUCUACACCGCUGCCGAGGCAUUGUACCAUGACAUCGAUAACCUUGAGUUGCACGUCGGGCUGCAAGCUGAGGAGGCCAAGGUGCCGAUGGCGGGUGCAGGCCUUUGUCCUGGCUACACCAUCUCGCGCGCCAUCCUUGCCGACGCUGUUUGCCUUACCCGCGGCGACCGCUUCCUGACUACGGAUAUGACUCCAUUCAACCUGACUAACUGGGGCUAUCAGGACUGUCAAGCCGACGACAAGGACGGCGCGUUUGGAGGCAUGCUUUCCAAGCUGUUGUUCCGCCAUCUGCCUGCAUAUUAUCCUGCUGGGUCUGGCUAUGGCCAUUUCCCGUUCAUGGUCCCUGAAACCAUGAAAGGCUUUGCACAGAAACUAGAUAUUGCGGAUGAUUAUACGUGGUCGAGGCCGCCAGUACCUGUUGGCCCCAUUGUUGUCGCUAAGACGUACGAAGAGGUCACUGACGUUCUACGUGACACAAAGACGUUUGGGAGCAAUGUCGGGACGCAACUGGCUACGCUCACGAGGGGCGUUGGAAUCGAUCCUGUUUCAAUUGAGAAAGUGCUGCUCAGCGAUAUUCAGGUUUCCAAGACUGUCCAGUCGUUGGCAAAUUCCACUGCCCUCUUGAUCUCGCAGAAGUCUCUUGGGUAUUCUGGUUCCAAGGGCAAAUAUGUCGACGUCGUGAAGGAUAUCAUCAAUCUGGCUCCUGUUCACUGGAUCGCCAAUGAGAUCAUUGGCCUCCCGAUGAAGUCGGUCGAUAAUGUGCAUGGGGUGUACAGAGAACAGGAGCUUUACUCUAUGUUCGCCAAUGUAUCGAACUAUGUCUACCUCGACACGGACGUCACCCGCGACUGGCACCUGCGGGAGCGCGGACGCAAAGUCGCUGAUAGACUGAUUCAGUACAGCAAGGCGCACCUCAUCCAGCUUACUCGCGGCAACUUCAAUCUCAAGGGUAUCAGCGAAUCCGUUAUACGCUAUGCUGUAGCGAAGAACGACCAUAGCGAUCCAUUCUACAAGUCCCUGAUCACCGCCGUGAACUAUCACGACAACGAGCGUACGCUCGAGAAACUGGCGGGCAGCGUGUUUGCCGAAGUCGUCCCGACUGCCCCGCUCUUCUCGCAUGCGGUGGUGCAUGUCGUCAACCACUACUUGGACGACGAUAAGCGGGAUCAGAGGGCCAAGAUCGUCCAGGCGGCGGCGGCGAACACGGCUGAAGGCGACAAGGAGGUCAUGAAGUAUGUAUAUCAGGCGCUGAGAUCAGAUCCUCCAGUAUCUAGCGUGUCUCGCACGGCGAAUGUGGCUACUACGCUGGGCACGAACAGAGUAGUAAAGGGCCAGCGUGUCGUGAGUAGCAUUAUCGAAGCUGAUUCAGAUCCCUCUGCUCCCGAUUAUUCGGAAUCCAGAUCGGAUUUGGGGUUGUUCGGGCUUGAUCACAAAGGCUUGCUUGCUCCCCAGGUCUUUGAGCGGGUCGUCCCUCGUAUUCUCCAUACGAUCUUCUCGCUACCGAAUCUCUGUCGCACGCCAGGAAAGUCGGGUCAGCUGAACAGAUACACACAAACUGUGGAUGGUGUUCCUCAGCAGACGUAUAUCACCUUCAACGGAGAGCCGACUGCCUUCCCGACUUCGCUCAUCGUCCAGUAUGAUUGA